AUGAAAACACAUCUUGUUGUUGUGUCAAAAGUCAUAACUCUUGCAUAUGUAUCACUGCCGUUCUCGGAGUUUAUCAGAUUCUGCAAGCAGCAUAUGAUAAGCAAAGAGAAUGGUUCCUGUGUUAAUGCUAUGUCUGCAGAUUUUACUUCUAUAGCUGAGGACCAUAUACCUGGACAAAUAUACCUAGCACAGUUUCCAAUUCUGAAUGAUGAGAAAGAAGAGAAGGUUCAACUCAAGAUUCUGAGACAAGACUUCCAGACGCCCUCACCUUUAGUGGGAAAGUCACUGUCUUCUAUCAAUUUCUGGAUGAAUUCUUCACAAGCUCGAUCAACUACUCACUAUGAUCCUCAUCAUAACCUUUUGUGCAUAGUCUCAGGGCGUAAAAAAGUUGUCUUGUGGCCUCCUUCCGCCAGUCCCUCACUCUAUCCGAUGCCGAUAUAUGGAGAAGAGUCAAACCACAGUUCGGUUGGUCUAGAAAAUCCAAAUUUAUCUGAUUAUCCAAGGGCAGAGCAUUCCCUGAAGCAGUCGCAGGAGGUUACUCUUGACGCUGGUGAUGCAGUAUUCAUUCCUGAAGGCUGGUUCCAUCAGGUGGAUAGUGAUGACCUGACUAUUGCUGUCAACUUUUGGUGGCAAUCAAACAUUAUGUCUAAUAUGCCUGAACAUAUGGAUUCAUAUUAUCUGCGCCAAAUCACAAGAAGAUUGAUAGACAGAGAAAUGAGCCUGUUAGUUUCGAAGCCUUCAUCAACUGAUUUGAAGCAACUGUCUAAGCAGAUUUACCAAUCUCACAUUGGGAUGGCAGAAGGUGGGAAUGGUAACUCAGAAAAUGAAAGCGCUAAGAAAGGCCUCGGCACAUUGUUUGAUAGAACGUCAUUGGAUGAUCUGGAUCCUUCUGCUUGCCAUGCUCUUCAUGAGCUUGUUUCCUUAGUCCAUGACCAUGUUAAUGCUGUUGAUACAAGUACAGGACGGCAGUACACUUCACCUACACCUAGUUGUUCAGACCCAGCUACAGAGGGCAGAAAAAGCAAGAUCCUGGUGAAUGCAUUGCCUUGUUUAGAAGAUGAUCGCAUUGCCCAUAUGCUCUGGGAUCUGGAAGCAUUUAGACUUCGAGAUGUACUCCUUGCUUUAAAGAAAGCAGCCGAGUCUCUUCUGGAUGUAACUAGAAGUUCGCUUAUCUGGCAUGGAGGUCAGUGGCUUAACAAUGGAUCUCACCAAGGCAUCACUCAAGGUGUUAAAAGCUCAACGCGGGCUAUUCGCCUAGCUGAAGGUAGACUAAGACGGUUAACAAACAUGAAUCCAGACCCAGCUACAGAGGGCAGAAAAAGCAAGAUCCUGGUGAAUGCAUUGCCUUGUUUAGAAGAUGAUCGCAUUGCCCAUAUGCUCUGGGAUCUGGAAGCAUUUAGACUUCGAGAUGCUUUAAAGAAAGCAGCCGAGUCUCUUCUGGAUGUAACUAGAAGUUCGCUUAUCUGGCAUGGAGGUCAGUGGCUUAACAAUGGAUCUCACCAAGGCAUCACUCAAGGUGUUAAAAGCUCAACGCGGGCUAUUCGCCUAGCUGAAGGUAGACUAAGACGGAGGUGGUUCAUCAAACCAAGACAGAGGAAAAAGAACCAAUGGUGGCUAAGAAAACGAGGAGGUUCAAGGAAGGGAUCGUUAAAGGACGUUCCUUAUGUUUCUUCACGGCCACUCGUUUCUCUAAGACCACCACAAGUUAUCUUGCAUAACGAGCUUAGCACUAGAAGCCUAGAAGGUGACGACAUAAGAGAAUAUGAGAGCAAGCUCAUCCGUAAUACUACCAUGAGUGUCUUUUGA